CUGCAAAAUAAAAUGUUAAUUCAUCUUAUUUCAUUAUGAAAAAAUGAACAAUAUUUAUAAUUAACAUUGAAAUAAAACAUCAUUUAAACAAAAUGGACAGAAGGGACGGAAGGGAAUCCGAUUUGUGUACAUUUAAGUGCAAAAAGUGGACACUAUUUUCAUUUUGUUUGAUUGGGAUCAUAACAACCCUAAUAGCGGUGAUUGCGUUGUGCGCCGUUAUAUCGGUGCUUGAAAAUCACGACCCUGGUCACAUUUCCGAUGUCGAUUUUCGCAAUGGAAAGAGAGUGGCCAUAGCGGUGAUUGCCACCAUUGGCACCAUAAGCAUAAUGUUUGAGUUACUCGGCCUAUUGGGCGCCUAUAAGGAACACCAUUGUCUGACAAUGACUUACGCGGUGCUGAUGCUGUUGGCCACCUGUGCCAGUAUCGGCAGUGCGGCACUGGAGCCCGCCUAUUGGUUUACGGUUACUAUCGAUGCUGUCAUCACAACUCUGGCCUUUUUGUACGCCCGGGACUUACGCCGGAGACAACUCCGACUGGCAUUCAUUCGCAGCACAGGUGGCGAAGAUCCUGAGUUUUAUCCCACAAUCCCUGUCUAUCCACCGCCCAGUUAUGGCGCCACACCCGCCGCACCCGGUCCUAGUUAUCCUAUGCAGACCCACGUCGUGGCCGACCCUCCAGCUUAUAAGGAUUGAAUUGAAUUUAUUUUUACAAUUUAAUACUAAUAAUAAAAUAAUAGAGAAAGAAAAAAAAAAGAGAGAGAGAGAGAG